GUCAUAUGGCGACAACCACAUAUGUGGUAUGGCAUGCGCAUCUCUACAUGUGCUGCAUUCAGGGUUGGCUCAGAACUGUAUACAUACCACACAAACACAGCCUAAACAGACGCCUGACAAUGCCGACCAAAGACAAAGACACUCUACCUUGGUGAACACAACCCAACAAUGCAUGCUCAUGGAUUCCCUUCACUCAGGACCUACUUUUCAUGAUGUUCACAACCGCUACCUCCUUGAUUGACUGGGGAGCUCACCUGGAAUGUUAAUAAAUUCAAGGGCCGUGAUCUCCCCUAGAAACACAAUUACACAUAAAUCUACUAGAACUCUGUGUGGUUUUCAACCAAUGUCUCCACUUCCUCCCCUUGAUAAGGAACGAGAUGGUACGAGUAAUGACCAACAACAUUGCCUGCAUGUUCUAUAUAAAUCAUCAGGGAGGAGCCCAAUCCCACUCCCUAUGCACACAUGCCAUAAAACUGUGGAACUGGUGCAUUUGAUACAACAUCAGCAUCUCAGCCUCCUAUCUUCCAGGCUGUCAGAACACAACAGUGCACACAUUGAGCAGACAAUUCUCCCAGAACAUGAAUGGGAACUGAACGAUGUAGUCCCACAAAACAUAUUUCAACAAUGGGGCAACCUAUCCAUCAACGUAUUCACGACAUCACAAAAUCACAAAUGACCACAAUUUUGCUCAAGAGCAGGUCUGGGACUGCGAUUGCUAGGGGAUGCCUUCCUCCUCAAAUGGGAUGCAAUACUUCACUACAUGUUCCCACCAAUACCACUUCUAUCGAAGGUUAUUCACAAAAUACAUACUGACAAAGUGAAGGUUAUACUGAUAGCCCCAACAUGGCCACAACAGAUUUGUUAUGCUUACCUACUGUGGAUGGCUGUCUGUACACCAUGCACUUUCCCACUUUGGACGGACCUCCUCUCACAGGAUGCCGGCCAGGUUCACCACCCAAACCUGGAGAGACUCCAGUUGAAGGUGUGGCUCCUACAUGGUUCCCUCAUGAGGAACUAGCCUGCUCGGAACAGGUUAAACAUUUAUUACUAAACAGUAGGAGGACAACCACGCAUAAGACUUACCUUCAGAAAUGGAAGAGAUUUUCCAUAUGGUGUCAGGUCAAACAUGUUACUGCAAUUUCUGCACUUGUCCCCUUGAUCUUGGAUUAUCUCUUGGAGCUAAAACACUCGGGACUAUCUACUACCACAAUCAAAGUGCAUUUUGCAGCAAUUACUGUGUUCCACCACAAGAUUGAUGGAGCAUUGUUAUCUGCACAUUCAAUCACUAAAUGUUUUCUAACGGGCAUACAGAACAUUUACCCUGAGGUAUGCGCACCCUCGUCAACUUGGGAUUUGAACCUGGUACUACGCUGCCUUACUGGGCCUCCAUUCAAACCCUUAAGGAUGUGUUCAUUGACUCAACUAUCCGUGAAUGUAGCAUUUUUAGUCACUGUCACUUCAGCCUGUCACCCCUCAGGUGAGACAGCGGCUCUUAUGGCACAUCCACCAUCCACCAUAUUCUACAAGGACAAGGUCACCUUGAGACCACAUCCAGAAUUUGUACCCAAAAGAUCAUCCUCUUUCCAUAUAAACCAACGAGUCCAUCUUUCUGUAUUCUUUCCCAAACCUCACGGGGAGUACACAUGAUGCUGUACUACAUACCCUGGAUGUCAGACAUGGACUAGCAUUCUACCUUGAUAGAACUAAGCCAUUCAGAAGAUCCCCGGGUUUUUUCAUUUCUGUCACAGAAUGCUCUAAAGGAUUGGCUAUUUCCACACAAAGACUAUCAAUAUGGAUCUCAGGGUGCAUUCACCUCUGCUACCAACAAAACAAUUUACAACCCCCAGCAGGAUCAGAACUCAUUCUACCAGAUCUAUAGCAACCUCAAUAGCCUUUCUGAACAAUGAACCACUCAAAGACAUAUGCAAAGCUGCCGCCUUGGCCUCUGAACAUACAUUCAUAAAACAUUACGCAAUUGACCAGACCUCAGGCUCAGAUACACUUCUAGGCCUAGCAGUACUAUCUUCAAUCACCCCUUCCAUCCACAGAGGGCACUGUUCUACAGUCACCUUAAGUGGAGCACCCACAGGGACAAACAUCUCGAAGAACCUCAGUUACUGCAGCAGUCUCUAGAAACCAUCAAGAAGAAACUCCAUCAACUCAGAGACUCAGCGACAGUAAGAGGAACCGUCGGAGUUCAUAGCUGGAGAAAUAAAACUGUACGGACUAAUUUCCUUUUAGUCACCAUUCCGCCUAGUGAUGUUUACAUCCAGACUUGCAUUUCACACUGCUGUGCCUAGCAGAAUGGGAUCAUGGUCCAUGAGUAAACCUCCGAGGCACUGUGGUCUCCGUUUGUGUGAUCGGAAGAGAAGCGAUUUCUGAGAUGAUGGAGCCCCUGUCCAGUGCAAGGUUACAGAGGUUCCACCACCAGGACCACAGCUGAACUGUGACCUCAGAGAGAAGCUGCAGUAUUCACGGCAACUAGACCUAUCUGGACCUCAUCUUUCUGCUCCUCAUGAUAAGGGGAAUGAAGGAGACCAGGAUAUAGUGGUCUUGCUCCAUAGGUUUGGCUUUAUGAUGCCAGUGAUGUUUGAGGAGGUGGCCGUGUACUUCUCUGAAGAUGAAUGGGCUCUUUUGGAUGAAAAGCAGAGGGAACUCUACAGAGAUGUCAUGCAGGAGAAUUACGAGACUCUCCUCUCAUUGGGAUUUCCUAUUGCUAAACCAGAUGUGCUGUCCCAGAUGGAGCAAGGGGAAGAGCCGUGGUUCCCAGAUCUCCAGGGCUCUAAGGAAAGGGAGAACCCAAGAGGCACUAGCACUGGUGCUGGGACGGUGAGUGAGAAGGAGAAAAAAGCCCCCAAAGUAGUAUCUACAGGAGCAGAACCACAAAGGAUGUUCUCAGGGAGACACUGUUGCCUUGAAUGGGGAGAUGCCAGUGAGAGUCAGGGCAGGACAGGGAGGCACUGGGAAGACCCUCCAGGCAGGAGUAAAUCCACUCAUAGCAAAAGAAGUUUAGAGAAAUCCAAAGACACCAGCACCCACCAGACAGCCUGCACGGGAAAGAGCCCAAACACAGGUACUGAACCUGGUGAAAGUUUCAAUAAAUGCUCACUCCUCGUUAAGCAUUGUCAGCAAACUUGUGCAGAAAAGAGUGCCUACAAGUGUAAUGAAUGUGUCCAAAGCUUUUCUCAGCAACAGUGCCUUCAGAUACAUCUGAGAAUUCAUACAGAGGAGAGACCCUAUAAAUGUAAUGAAUGCGGGAAAAGCUUCAGACACAAGACAAGCCUUGUUCUUCACCGUUACACAGUCCACAAGUUGGAGAGACCCCAUAAGUGUCCAGUGUGCGGCCAGCUCUUUAUCCUGAGAGAGAGACUUAUUCAGCAUCAGAGAAUCCACAACGAAGAGAUGCAUAGGGGGUUUAAUGAUGGGAUUGUGAGUGAGAACAAGGAUGAGCAUCCUCAACAGAAAAAGCCAGUGGGAGCGGAGACUCAUGAGGCAUCUCAGAGAUGUGAACUGGCAGAUGCUGGUAAGAGUCGGGGCAGGAGAGGACAGCAGCGAGCUUACCCUGCAGGGGGGAAAGACUGUGAAUCCGCUGUAUGUGAAGGAAGUUCUAAGAAAUUGAACCGCACCAUUGCCCACCAGGGAACUAAGGUGGGAGCACAGCUGAAUACACAAAGUAAAAGUAAGAGAAGCUUUAGUAGCUGCACAGCCCCUGACCUGCAUCAGAAAAUCCACCCAGAUGAGAAACGACACAGCUGUGCUGAGUGUGGGAAAAGCUACCGCCGGAACUCACACCUCCGAAGGCAUCAAAAAAGCCACACGGGAGAGAAACCUUAUGUAUGUGCUGACUGUGGGAAGAGCUUUGGACGGAAGUCGAUACUCAGUAAACACCUACGGACGCACAAAGAGGAGAAACCCUAUAGCUGUGCUGGCUGUGAGAAAAGGUUCAGUGAGAGCUCAUACCUUGCUCUGCAUCAGAGAAUCCACACAGGAGAGAAACCCUAUCAGUGUCCUGACUGUGACAAAAGCUUCAGGCUGAAAGGGGACCUUUCCAGUCACUGUAGAACCCACACGGGGGAAAAACCCCAUAAAUGCACUGAAUGUGGGCAAGGCUUUGGGCGGAAAUCAACCCUGACUAAGCACCUGAGGAUCCAUACUGGGGAGAGGCCCUAUAAAUGUCCUUAUUGUGAAAAAAGCUUUCGUCAGAAGUUCACCCUUUCCCAGCAUCAGUUAGUGCAUCUUGAAGAGAGACCUCACAAAUGACCUGAAUGUGGGAAAAGCUUUCAUCAGAAAUUCACCGUUACCCAGCAACAGUCAGUGCACCAGGGAUAGAGACCUCACAAAUGUACCAAAUGUGGGAAAAGCGUCAAUCAAAAAUGAAAGCUUGUUAUACCCUUGGUAAACCUCCAUGUGAAAAAGAAACCCAAUAGAGCAAGUGUAACUUCAGAUUACAUUAUCUCUAGCAGCGCAGUAGGGGCUCCACAUGUGAUAUAAAACAGUGGUGUGGUACUUUCUUUGCUUGGAGAGGGGCACUUAAGUACAAGGUGUAAGAAGGAUGGGCGAGAAGUAUUGGCUUAUUUAUGAUGACAGAUAUGAGAUUCAGGAGGGGAAAGGAGCUGGUGAAGGUAGGAACAGAUCCUUUGGCGGGGUGUGGGGGUUAGUCGGAAUUGCAAGGUAAUGGAGUUGAAUCUUGUGGGAGGACUGAUCAUAAGGGCACAGUGGCAGGAACCAAGAGCAGAGAGUGCCUGGUAAUGGAGAUACGGAUCAUUUAAAAACUGGGAUGUUGCACGAGGAGGAAUACUUGUGCACGUGUGUGUGCGUAUUUGUGUAUCUUUUAGGGCUUGUCUAUAUGAGGAGUUCUACCAGUAUAAUUAUGCCACUCUGGUUAUACUGGUACAAUUUCCCAUGUGGACACUUUUAUUCUGGAAUAAGUGUGUCCAGAUGGGGAGUGAGAGAUGUAUAAUUACAGUUGUAUAUGGCCUGUAAAAUUCCCCAUGCAGACAAACCCUUAAUGAGGGAAGAUUAAAGGUGACUGCUGAGCAGAAGUAAGUCAGUCAUGCUCCACCCCCACAGCAGCCUACCAUGCCACUGUGGGUCUGUCUACACAGCAAGUAGCAGUAAGUGUCAGAACCUAGGUCAACAGACUCGGGCUCACUCUACAGCGUUAACAGUAGCUGUGAGAUGUUUCAGCUCAGGCUGGAGCUUGGGCUCAGUGUGUCUCAGCGCCCGGGUUGACACACUUGGGCUUGAGGAGCUCACGCUAUGGUGCUAAAAAUAGCGGCGAGACCUGGCUAAUCAGCCUAGGGUCCCAGGCCGAGCUGCAAUGUCUACACAGCUCUUUUUAGCACAGUAAUUCAAGGUCAAGUCUGUUGACGCACACUCUGAGACUUGCUGCUGCUGGCUGCUCCUCACUGUGUAGACAUACCCUAGCUGGCUAGUAGCACUAUUGGCUAAAAAUAAACUCCCUUUCACAAAAUAUAUGGUUAAUAAUAACAACAGGAUUCCAGGGGGAGCCAACAGGGGAGGUAUGCUGCCUGAGCUCCAAGCUUCUUGCUCCUUGUUAUACCCCACAGAAUCUGUUCAAAAUAAUAGAAAUCCUACUAUAAAUGUAAGUUAAUUUAGGUGGAUAUCAAUGCACCAUCUGCUAAGGGAUUUCUGGAUAAGAGUUUGGACCUCUCCUCUUCUCCAGUAAUGGAGCAGGCCUGCAAAAAGUAAAAGCUAUCUGAGAGCCCAUGUCAGGCAGAGAUGGAGAUGCAGGAAGAAGCUCCAGAUAGAAUCCUGAGCAAACCUUGAAGGUGCUUCAGUAGAUCUCUGAAGAACAACGUCAACAGAUAUUGCUGAUGUGAAAAAGACCACUGCAGCUCAUCAAACAAGCCUAUGAAGGCUCUCAAGGAGAGUGGGGCAAGUUGAGGCCCAUAUGUCUGCACUGGAGGACUCUGUAACAGCCAGUAAGUCCUCCUCAAAUCAGCAAAUGCAGAGAAUUAGAGCCCUACAGGAGAGAGUCGACUAUCAGGAGGCAGAUCAAGAUAUAAUAAUUUGCAUUUGGUUGCCUUUCUGGA